CAUAAUUUUGUCCCUUGAACGGUUCAACCUGUGAACCAAACUGAAAGCUAUCUCAUACAUUUCACUUCACGACACUCUGUCUGUAGUAUCUAUCGCUAAGAGCUGCUGCUACUGCCACUCUUCUUCUCUAUCAAUUUCCACCUAUCUUUGUUCUCCAGAUUUUCCUCCACCCAAACUGAGUAUUCUAUGUGUCUAUUCUUUAAUGGGUGUUCUAUUUUCUUGAUUUUUUUGUAGUAAUUUUAGCUACUAAAUUACCCAAAGAAUGGUUUCUUCUGAUGUUUAUGGGGUAGCUUGAGUUAGGAUGGCUUUCUUCGUUCCGAUGAAUGUAUGUCCAUUCACCAUUUCAAGCUCUAUUAAGAAGAUUCAAAACACUAACGAAUAUAAACUACAAUCAAAGAGUGCUGGUAUAUUAUCAACUAAAGAAGAAGCAACUCGGCGCCAGCUUCUUGUUAGUCCUUUGGUUACACUUAUAGCAUUCAACUGCGGCUUAACGGUGCUACCAGCACGCGCAGAGGAUGAAGAGUUUCAAGACAAGGAUGAAGGUGUGGCUGGGGCUAUUAAGUCCUUGUUUGAUCCAAAUGAGAAAACAAAGUCAGGAAAAGUCUUACCAAAGGAUUACUUGAAAUCUGCAAGAGAGGUGGUGAAAACAUUGCGUGAAUCCGUAAAGGAAGACCCGAACGACAUGUCUAAGUUUAGACGAACUGCUGAUGCAGCAAAGGAAUCCAUCAGGGAAUACCUUGGUGGAUGGAGAGGACAAAAAUCAGUAGUCAGUGAGGACUCAUAUGUUAUGCUAGAGAAAGCUAUUAGAUCUUUGGCCAGCUUUUAUUCAAAGGCAGGCCCAUCUGCUCCACUUCCAGAAGAGAUAAAGCUAGAGAUCUUAGAUGAUCUGAAUAAAGCAGAAGAAGCAUUGUAACAUGGGAUAUAUUCAAGGUGCACGCAAGCUGACUCGGACGGACACCACUGUUUAAAAAAAUUACAUUCUAAAAUGGUUCUUGAUUUACAUAUUAAAAGAGGUUAAUGUGUUAUAGUAUCUUCAGUUGCACGAUUGUCACGAGUGAACACUCCUUUCUUUUUCAGUGAGAUGUGAGAACAUGCUUGAAGUAUUUUUUGUUGCAUUUUUUUUUUCUUCUUUCCAUCAGCCCUGUCGCAAUGGUAUUUUGUUUGAUGUUGGUGACCAAAUCAUCUGUUCCAAGUGUGACCUAAAUAUUGUGACAAAUAGACACUAGACAAAGAAAGGAAUAUUAUCUGAAUACAAUAAAAGGUUCCUCAAUUCAAAGGUUUCA